AGGGAGAUGUCGGCUGAGGCUGGGGGGCUCUCCCUAGACGCUGCCCCACUUUUUCACCUUCUCGCUCAGCGCCCAGCCAGGGCGACCAGGCGGAGUGGGCGCUGCCGAAGGCGAGGGAGAAGCCGAGGAGGAGGAGGACGCGCCGCGCAGGCUGGCUCGCUUCGCCUCCGCCGGGCUCGCUCCGUGCCGCCUCCGAGUUGCCCAUAGAGAGCCGCCGUGGCUCCUCGCCCCCCCAAGGGAGGGGACCCCCGGAGGGAGGAAGCACGCCUCAAGCCCAAGGGGGGGGUCUUCGGAGGCGCCCGUGCUGCCUGGCAGGAAGGGCCUUCCCCGCUCUGUGGCCCGGGCUUUUGGGGAAGGGGCUCAGUCUUGGCCGGGCGCGGAGGAGAGCGGCGGCUGUGCCUCGGUCUGAGGAGCAGGCGGGCGGGCGGCGAAAGGACUCCCGGUCUCCUGAAGGAGGCUGCUCAGUGUUCCUCCAAGGCGCCGGCCUCUCUCCGCUUCCCCUGCGGCGAAGGAAGCCUUCUUCGGCUUGGCUGAGGCGCCCGAGAAAUUUGCUCCAUCUCCAGCAGCAACCACUGCUCCUUUUGAUGUUGUGGUCCGCCGUGCGCAUGCGCCCCACAUUAGAAUUACUGCACUGGCUCGACUAAGUUGGAUCUCUCCUUCGCUUCCACGGAAACCUUAAAAUCAGAUCAAAAGCUAAAGGGAUGCUGAGAGUCCGGAAAAAAGGCGGCUUUGGGAUUUGGUCGUUGCCCUUAAUCAUCACCGUGGUGUGUGCCCAGAGCGCGAAUGAUCCCAGCAAUAUGUCCCUGGUCAAAGAGACCGUGGAUCGGCUGCUGAAAGGCUACGACAUUCGGUUGAGGCCAGAUUUUGGAGGUCCCCCGGUGGCUGUGGGCAUGAACAUAGACAUUGCCAGUAUCGACAUGGUAUCCGAAGUCAAUAUGGACUAUACCUUGACAAUGUACUUUCAGCAAGCAUGGAGGGAUAAGAGGCUUUCGUAUAACGUAAUACCUUUAAAUCUUACACUGGACAAUAGAGUAGCAGAUCAGCUUUGGGUGCCUGAUACCUACUUCCUGAAUGAUAAGAAGUCAUUUGUACAUGGUGUCACUGUGAAGAACAGGAUGAUUCGUUUACAUCCAGAUGGGACAGUUCUCUAUGGCCUCAGAAUUACAACAACCGCUGCAUGCAUGAUGGACCUGCGAAGAUAUCCAUUGGAUGAACAGAAUUGCACUCUAGAGAUAGAGAGCUAUGGCUACACAACAGAUGAUAUUGAAUUUUACUGGCGUGGAGGAGACAAUGCAGUUACAGGAGUGACAAAGAUUGAACUUCCACAGUUUUCCAUUGUUGAAUACAAACUGAUCACUAAGAAAGUUGUUUUCUCAACAGGUUCCUACCCAAGGCUGUCCCUCAGUUUUAAACUUAAGAGAAAUAUUGGCUACUUCAUUCUGCAGACAUAUAUGCCUUCCAUUUUGAUCACUAUUCUUUCAUGGGUUUCAUUCUGGAUAAAUUAUGAUGCUUCCGCUGCAAGAGUGGCAUUAGGGAUCACAACGGUGCUCACAAUGACAACCAUCAACACUCAUCUGCGAGAAACACUGCCCAAAAUUCCCUAUGUGAAAGCCAUUGACAUGUAUCUGAUGGGGUGUUUUGUCUUUGUGUUCAUGGCCCUCCUUGAGUAUGCAUUGGUCAACUACAUCUUCUUUGGCAGAGGACCACAGCGUCAGAAGAAAGCAGCAGAAAGAGCUGCCAGUGCCAACAAUGAAAAACUACGAAUGGAUGUCAAUAAGAUCUUUUAUAAAGAUAUAAAACAAAAUGGGACCGAAUUGCGAUCCCUGGAUCCCACUGGAAAUCUCUCCCCAACUAGAUGGACUGCCACUUACGAUUACCCUCUUAAUACGGACAGAAGAAUAAUUGGCACAUAUCAUUGUCCAGAAAUGUAUUCAACAAAGAUGGAUCCGCAUGAAAACAUUCUGUUGAGCACACUUGAAAUUAAAAAUGAGAUGGCUGCCUCUGAAGCUGUUAUAGGCCUUGGGGACCCUAGAAGCACUAUGCUGGCCUAUGAUACCUCAAGUAUCCAAUACCGGAAGGCUGGUUUACCAAGACACAGCUUUGGCCGUAACGCCCUGGAGCGGCACGUGGCACAAAAGAAAAGCCGACUACGGAGACGUGCCUCUCAGUUGAAAAUUACUAUCCCUGACUUGACUGAUGUAAAUGCCAUAGAUCGAUGGUCCCGCAUAUUCUUCCCUGUUGUUUUUUCCUUCUUCAAUAUUGUCUAUUGGCUUUAUUAUGUGAACUAAAAAAAAAACGAAGCCACACAGAUAUCAAGGACUGGAUUUCUCUUCAAAAUCGGUUGUACAGCCAAAUGUGGGACUUGGGGAGAACAAAAAUCUAUUCAGGACAAAAGUUACUUUAAAACACCUUAGUUGCUGGCCCAUUAUAUAAUCUAUUUUGUAAUGUUUGAGUUUUUUUGAAAAAGAGCGAAAUAUACACAUUCUAGUAUAAAUGACGCAACACAACAUUUAAAGAGAUAAUUGUGUUUGAGGUUUGGAGACAGAAUUUAAAACUUGAUCCUUUAUUUAUUUACUUUUACUUUUUUCAUUUUAGCACCAAUAUAUUUAAACAGAAGCAAGAAGCUAGAAAAAAGGUUUGAGUUCUGAUAGCAGCGCUUCAUGUCUCUCUUUAUAUCUGAACAUACACACUUUAAUGGAAUUGAGAGAGAAUACUAAUGUUAUCAUUCUUACAACCCAAACCAUUAUCCCAACAUUACCUUUUCAGGACAUUCACUUGAAAAUAAGUAGUGCCUACCAUCAUACCAUGAAAAUGAGUUUUCCAGAGUAGAUCAUUUUACUUAUCAAGAGAAUGGAAGCAUUAUGUGAAAGAGAAAUUAUCCUGAUUUAUCAGAGCACAAUAGUUGUAUAACACUAAACCACAGAGUUGUUGGGGAGAUGUCCAUGUAUGUGUUGCAGUGUGCCUCACUUAAUGUCUGUGUGUAAUGUGCCAAAUGUCAGGGGGCCAGUAGUGAUUUCAUAGGUGGCUUUCUCUUGGUGCUCUGUCCCUCCUUGUGGGAGAAAAACAGUGGCAAAUGUUUUCAGAGGUAAUAGUCACGGAAAGGCUACACAUAUUGUACAAACAAUUGGCAUUAUUUUGCCUAAUAGAUUAUACAUUAUGGGUUAUUAAUUAGUUUUGAUAUUAUUUCCUUUCCACAUCAAAGAGAUAGGAUAGAAUCGAGUUUCUGCUAUUUUAACAACAUAUAUAUUUUGUAGAAACACUACUCUUUUAGUAGAGUUGGGUUGCUUUUUAAAUCUAAUUUCACUACAUUUGAUUUUAGAAGUGUUUGUUUUUUAUUUGGAAAGUAUUUUGAAAAAAUGCCUAAAAGAGCAGGAGAGAGAGGUGGAAAAUUUCCUCUAUACACAGACUCUUAAAAUUUCCUUCUUUUCUUUUUCUCAUGCAACUCAACAAUUCUACGGUCCUGAGUCAUUGAGAAUUUUCUCCUGAGAAUUUUUCAAUCCAUUAUAAAAUAUUACUUCACCUAUUCCAAUCAGCUCACUGAAGUUUGUGUAGGAUUCAGGAUAGUUCCUGCUUCUAUCGCAGAAGAGCUUCUUUUCCGAAGCACAAAUCAGUGUGUGAUUGUUCCUUUGCACAGCAUUUUUGCACAGAGUAUAUUCAUGCCUGGUUUUUUGAUACCACAGAGUAUUUGUGAAAAGACUGGUCUUGUGGCUUCCCAUGUGCACUUGGGCAGGAUUCAUUUAAUAAAGCAUAAUUUGUUCAUCUUGUGAUAUUGUCAUCAAGCAGACAAAAAGAAUCCUAAAAGACUCUUUGCUUAGGGUAUCCUUUGUGACAAAUGAGGUUAGUUGCACUCUAGUCAUAGUUCAUUUCAUUUCUUCCAUUGCACAAAGAAACAGCCCAUCAAUUUGAGAGAAACAAUGUUUUAGAAAUAUGAAAAAAUAUCAAUGUUACAUAUAUUCCCUGGGAUUUAUAGGCCUCAAGACAAAGUAUUUGAUGUGUUUGUCUUCUCAUGUUGGUUCAACAGGUCAGCUGUAAUGAAAACUAUGAAAUCAGUUACUAGUACUGCACUUUAAGAUAUCUGGAGGUUUACAGUAUAAGCCAUAACAUUUUCUGACCUUGCCAAUGAGAAGAUUUUUUUUUCUUGGAAAUGGCGGGGGGGGGGCACAAAAUAAGUGCACAGCCACCUCCAUGAGGUCCUUUUAAUUGUUAAGGAGGAAACACUUCCAGAAAUAGAUGGGAUGGCAUGCUUCUGAGCUAAUUAAUUCAACCUAUUAUGAGAUGUGUGGACUAAAAUAAGAUUUUAAGGAGAAUUGAAGGACCAUGGUACAAAGCAAAACACAACAAAAGACUGUUUAUCUCCUCUGUAGUGCCAAUGUGUGGUAAAGAAAGAUAAAAGUAUUAUGUGUUUUAUUUCAUAAAGGAAAUUUAAAUAAGCUGUUACCUUUGAAUUGAGCAGAAUUAUGCUCUAGCUUUUUUUUAAGUUAGAACCACAUUUCAUGUAAUAAUUAUUCCUUUUUUUCAGGUUUCAGGAUGCAUACUAGCCAGCAAUUAAGGUGUUUUCUCUUCAUCUUUGUGAAAUUCAUGGCAAAAUUACAAGUAUAUAAUACGGCACAGUUUUAACAAUAUCUUUGCAAUCAAUGCUCUGUAAAUAUGUUCUGUAUAUGACUGCUACUAAGUCUAAUAUGCAUUUUCCAAACUGAAAAUUCAUGCAGCAUAUUUGUGUUUGCCUAAGGAAUGUUAUGUUUCUAUACUAUUGCAGUUUUAAUGACUGGGAAGAAAGAACCAAGCAAUGUCAUCCUGAAUAUUUUCUGUUGUCAUCCCCAGAGGGUAGCAAAGUCUUGAACAAUAGCACUGAAGGGGACACCUGAUAAUUUUUAUAAUCUAAUAUAUUAAAAAAGAAAAAAGAAACUUAGACUCUGCCAGACAAAAGCACAAUGCAUAGAAUACAUGAGAGCAAGUGCAUAUAGAUAGAUAAAUACUUAGAUAGAUAUAUCUGGGGAACAAAUCCCAUUUAAGUUUAGGUAAAAUGUACACUAGAAGUACAACUCAAUUCUUUAUUUAUUUAUUUAUUUUAAAAAGGUAAACCUGUGUUCCAAUUGCAUAUUUAACAAAGUUAAUGUAAGUGAAGAAGGCAAAACACUAAACAUUAUUAAAGGCUAUGGUGAGUAUAGAGACACAUAUUUCAAUAUAUGUAUUUAUAUUCUUCUGUGGAUAUGUGUGUAUGUGUGUGUGUGUGUGUAUGUAAAUUCACACACAUACAUACAUGUACAGAUAUAUGCACACAGAGAGAAAAACAUCCUGGUCCAGUGAUAGGAGUCCAUGGUGGAAAAGGGUUUCUUCCCAUAGAUGUGCUAUGAUAGUGUACAAGCACGUUGCUGGGAGAUUUUUGCAAGAUGGGGGACAGGAUCCAAAUGUUCAGCACUCUUUACAACCUCUCAUAGAGUUUUUGUAGCACAGUCUGUAUCUUCUGUUACAUAAUUGCAGUGAUAGACAUUAAAUAAGGAGUGAGUGAGCUUCUGGAUGUGGGAGAAAUGGUCAAUGAGGGACUCCAACAUGUCUCCACCCCCAUCUAAAAGGACUAGAGGUACGGAGGGGGGUUCUUCAUGGGGCCAGUCUGAUCUAGGAAAGGAAGACAACUUAGUCUAAGCAUACAAUCUCUGGUCUUGGUCUCCUGAAAAACCAUCACAGCUAAGACUGAGCAGCUGCUGCUGUGUGCUUCAGGCCAGCUUUUUCUUUGGUACUGCAAGUAUGGGGCCUUCUAUGGUGCUUGCGGUUAUCUGGAUUUGGGCUAGAACCUUACAUUGGUGUUUUCAAAGGAAUAAGCUAAUAACAAUUUUGUUUCUAUAAUCAAUUGAUAUGUGAAUAUUUUUGAGAAAGCAAAAUUAUUAAUGUAUUUAAAAUCUUACUAUACAGGGUAACCGGGCAUUUCUAUAUCAGCAGAUCAAUGCAUAUAAUUCUUACGGAGCAUUUCACAGUUGACAUUUACAAUAGUACUGUAUCUCCUCGCAUCUCAAGGUAGUCUAGCUCUCACAUUGCUUGCCUAUUUCUUCUCUUUUUUAAAAAUAAAAAUAUUGUCCACUAGUAACUUUUUAAAAGGUCCUAAUACCAGGGGUGGGGGAGCAAAAAAUAUGACUAUUUCUAUUGGGGGGGGGGGGGAGGACAGGAAGGCCAGGGUAAAAUACUUUAAAAUGUAGUGAACAUAACAUUUUGCUAUCUGUACAUAGAACAUAUAAUGUGAGCAAUCAUAAUUUAAACCGAACAUGUGUAAAUAUUAUCAGAUUUCUUAACAUUUUUAACUUCUAAUUUGUACUUUAAUGUAAGGCAAAAGCUGAUUCUAUUUAUGGUUUAGGUUAGUGUCCUAAAAAUAAUGUAAAUAUUUAAAUAAGCUGUAAAUGAGCAGUCAAUAGAAACAGUAAUUGUUCAGUGAUUAUUAUUUUUUUUACUAUAAUUGCAGUUCUCUAUCAGAAUAAUUUAAACACCCUUUUGCAUAAGACUUGGGAUUCCAGAGAUGAAUUUUACUGUACCAAUCCAUGGAAAAUGUGGCAUUGUAACACUCAGUAUGCAACUGUUAUCAGUUUAGCCAGUUCAUUUGCACAGUAUGUAUGUGAGAAGGGAGGGGGGAGGGAGGGAAGAUUGGGGGGGGGGGGAGAGACAAGCUACUGGAGAUUGUCCAUUAGCACAUCCACCUAGUGGCUCUGGCGCAUGUGGGGGCUCAGAUAUGCAUGCAUUUCAGAGCAGGAGUGUGCACUUUGCCCUUCUUGCAUUAGCAGCCCUGAACUCUGUCCAUGGAGAAGGAGUCACACUCCAGGCUGUUCCUGACACUAAAGAAAAUGGGGCACCCAUUCAGAUCAACUCAUGGUUACAACUGUAGCUCCAUAUAGACUCCAAUUUUCUAAUCUAAGAUCCUGUAGAUACAGCCUCUGAAACACAAACAUGUUGAGGUUAAUUUGCACUAUGGUCCUCAAAGUACUGAGCUGGUACAAUUCCACAUUAGUAAGAAGAGGUUAAAUAAACAUGGUGUUCAUUUAGAUCAGUGGUUCUUAACCUGAGGUCCCCAGAUGUUUUUGGCCUUCAACUCCCAGAAAUCUUAACAGCUGGUAAACUGGCUGGGAUUUCUGGGAGUUGUAGGCCAAAAACAUCUGGGGACCCCAGGUUGAUUUAGAUCAACUACAUUUAGAAACUUCUGACUCCAAGCUAAGGACACUUCUGGACAGAAGACAUACCCCUCCUCUAUACCCUCAAAAUCAUCUAUGGUUUAUAAUGGGGAAGGGAAAUGUGUGGGUCUCCAUAUUUUGUUGGAUUAAAACGCCCAUCAUCCCACGGACUGUGCCAGUUAGAUCUAAUGGGAAUCCCACAUCUAAAGGCCAACAUUCUUCCUGUUCCUAGUUUAGGACAUUGUAUCUGUUUGUUAUGACAUAGAAAGGGAAGUUCAUAUUCCAUAUUGUAGGAAAUAGAAGGUGAGGAAUCUGAACAACAUAGAAAGUAGAAUGACAAUUCAUGAUCGAACAUGAGCCUCAGUAAGACAGGUGCUCAUGUGGUCGGCUUAUAUUAAAGAGUUUUUUAUAAGCCUUGUGCCCUUUUAUCAUUCUCCAAAACAAGAGUCAUGCAGACUAUAAAUCUUGAAACUAAAAAGCAGACAUUCACAAAGAUAAUGUAAAGCUGUCUAUUCUUCUCCAGCCCAGCCCAACCCCAAUGCCAAAGAAACUUUAGAAAUGUACUGAAAGGGAACACUAUCAAGACACUGCUUAACACCAAAGGUUAAAAAGCUUAACAAAAUGCACUAGGAAACAUUUGUCAGAAUUUUUGAGGAAUAAAUGGAAUGUUAAUGAAUCACUACCAUGUUCGCUCUUAUAUAAAUUGCAUCUCAAUUCCAUUUUAAUUGAUUAAUGAUAAAUUGAAAUGGAUCAUCUUUGUAGGUUAUAUGCAACACAUUUCUUAUGUGUCCGAUUAUUUGUUCAAGUGCUUUGAUAAUGAAUACACACAUUCAUUUUGAAAUGUUGAAAGAUCUUAGCUACAGUUUGAUAUUUGUUUGGGGAGUUAAUUUUAUUUUUCUUAAAUGUUUUCCUCAUCAUUAAGAUGAUCUAAGUCAGAGUGAACAUUAUUUUAUAUGUUUGCAUUAUUAAUGACAUUUAAGAAAACUUCAGCAGGAGUUAUAUUUAAGAACCAUUGUAUAGUUUAAGUUAGUUAACAUGAAUUUCCAAUAAUUCUAUCAAUUUGACAUUUUCAGUUUUCACCUUUUUUAUUUGCAUGGGUGUUUAAAUGGUUCUGUUAGUACUGUCUUUGCACCGUUAUUCUUUAUCUCUCUUUAUCUUUUUUUUUUACUUAGUACUAUUUACUUCAUAAUGUAGUAAUCAUCGGCCUUACUAAUGACCUUGUAGCCUUUCUAAUAUGCACAUAAUGCACAUUUUCCAAUGACUAGAAAAUGCAAAAUAUUAGUGGAUCUCAUUGCAUCAGAUUUUCAUGUUUUUCUCAAAAGGACUGCUAACCUCUGGGAUAAUGGAGGUCGUAAAAUGAUGAUUGUAAAUUGAGUAGCACAUAAGAGAUAUUUUCUUGAAUCUAAAGUUAUUACAGCCAGUUUCAGCAUGUAAAUAUAUAAUGUUGGCUAGUGUGUAAUUCUUAAAACUAAAAAAUAUAAAUAAAGAAAAUAUAAAAUAA